CCCGUUUCUGUUUCGGUUGGCAUUGGCCAUAGUUAUUUUCGUUAUUCAAGUGAGAGAAAUCCACUUGAAAAACAGGCUAAAACCCUGCAGAGGCAAAACCCUAGUUCCCCUCUUUCAGAAGCGAAACUGAACGGUAUCGAAGUUUGGUUGUUUGUGGCGGAGUUACUUCACUUUUGUCUCAGAGAUGAAUGCGCCAUCUCCAAACGUUGACGAGGAUAAUGGAGAAGAGGCUUUUCUGGAUGAGAGCGACAUAAUUAAUGAGUAUGAUGUUGAUGAAGAAGACCUCCCAGAUGCAGAUGAGGAAGGAGGCUCCGAUGGAGAAGAAGAAUUUGGUGGGGUUGAUGAUUCAAUACAUAUAUUCACUGGUCAUACAGGUGAACUAUAUACUGCUGCGUGUAGUCCAACAGAUGCUACAUUAGUGGCAACUGGAGGUGGAGAUGAUAAAGGAUUCUUAUGGAGGAUAAGUCAAGGAGACUGGGCUUUUGAGUUGCAAGGUCACCAGGACUCUGUGUCCAGUUUGUCUUUCAGUGCAGAUGGACAAUUGCUUGCAUCUGGAAGCUUGGAUGGAGUUGUUAAAGUAUGGGACAUAACUAGAGGAGAGUUAAAAUGCACUCUUGAUGGUCCUUCUGGCGGCAUUGAGUGGGUCAGGUGGCAUCCCAAAGGACAUUUGCUCUUGGCUGGUUCAGAGGAUUCCUCUGUUUGGAUGUGGAAUGCUGACAGAGCUGCUUUUCUUCAAGUUUUCUCUGGUCAUGGGAGUAGCGUAACCUGCGGUGAUUUCACGCCUGAUGGUAGAACUAUCUGUAGCGGCUCUGAUGAUGCAACUUUGAGAAUUUGGAACCCUAAAACGGCAGAGAUUAUCCAUGUUGUCAGAGGUCAUCCUUAUCACACUGAAGGACUUACAUGCUUGACAAUCAACUCGGACUCUAGUCUUGCACUUACUGGAUCCAACGAUGGUUCUGUUCAUGUUGUUAAUAUAUCAACUGGGAAGGUCGUUAGUUCUUUAAGUGCACAUUCUGAUUCUGUCGAGUGUGCUGCUUUUGAAGCAAGCUCUCGACGGGAUGGUUGGAGAGCCGCAACAGGAAGCAUGGAUAAGAAGCUUAUAAUCUGGGAUCAGCAUUCAUCACCUCGUUGCAUAUGCGACCAUGAGGAGGGAGUCACAUGUCUGCAAUGGCUUGCCGGUUCUAGAUAUAUAGCCACCGGCUGUCUUGACGGAAAGGUGCGAGUUUGGGAUAGUCUCUCUGGAGAUUGCGCAAAAAUAUUUAGUGGACACUCUGAUGCAAUUCAGUCUAUCGCCAUAUCCGCCAACGGAGACUUUCUAGUAUCUGUUUCACUUGAUGGAACAGGUCGGGUGUUUGAGAUUGCAGAAUUCAGAUAAAAUCAGAAGCAGCUCAGCCAUAAGUUGUGAGUUUUCUUUGAUGCUCCUUUUGAGAUGUCUUUAAUUUAUUCCAAGUUAUGAGGUUCUCUCAUGGUUUGGUAUAAAAAGAGAGUCCUCUUACAAGUACUUGUUGAUUGAUGGGAUGAGAGUAUUGAACAUACUUUGAUCCAUACAUCAUAAUAUCUGUAUUAUGGCAACUUUUAAUGUCAGCAAACAUAACUUUAAGUUUUACAUCUGGUCAUGCAGCCGACCAAUUUUUU